AUGGCGGAGGUAAUUCGAGGGCGCGGCGCGCGGCUCGCGCGCCUUCUACUAGUCCACGCGCCCAUCUUCCGCGGGGUCUCCGGCGUCGCCCUGCGGGGCCAGUCGCCUGAAAUUUCAGUCCACGUCCCUCAAGGCGAGUGGGCGGGCCGCGGCGGCCAUGGAGGCGACGCGCAGGUCCUCGCUGAGGCGCGCGCAGACAUGGCGGAGGCAAGGCGUCGAAUGGAUUCGGCGUGGGCCAGUGCGUCGGCCGCGCUCCAGCCCUUGGCAGCUGGCGAGCGUGAGCACCAGUCGAACGUGGCCUUCCUAAGCGCUGGGGCAGCGCCAGUUGACGCGCGCAGAAUCCGGGACGGAACGCUCGUCACGGAGCCACUCCGAAAGCUCCCCAGCGUCGACGUGAAUGUGAUCGUAAAGGAAGACAUCGACCAACUCAGACAAGACGCCGAAUUCACUGGAGCACUGGAAGAAGCCGACCAUCUCCGGGCAGAUUUCCUCCGAUACCUUGACGAUUUGAGAAACGAUUUGGUUUGA